UGGAACUGCAGUGUACUCAACAUUUUACUGUAAAUCGAGUGCGGCCACGACGUGCGUGCGUCGGUGUGAAACCUUCUCUCUGUGCAGCGUCGGUGUUGGAGAGCGCAUCAGUCACACAGCAUGGUGUAGGUGGACGACAGCAAACGGAUAAAAACAAAUCUAUAUCGGGACAUCCCCAGCUGUCCGCGGCAGAAACCUGAACAGGUGGCUCCUUCAGUGUCUUAGCAGUACGCGUCAAGGCGCAGAGACCCUCAACAGCUUGCCUCUCUCUCCUAAUCUCCUCUCUGACGACAGCGCAUUACCCCGUGCGCGUAAAACCAGGAGUACGGCAGGUUUGGGUCCGUGGAUCUGAUCAGUCAUCGGGAUUGUACUCACCAGUGUCGAUUCAGUCCUCUUCGCGAAGUUGGAGUCUUGGAAAAGCGCGUCUUGGUUUUUGAGGCUGGACUGACAGAGUUGGAUACAAUGACUCUUUUUUGGAUUUUAUAAUCUCUACUCUGUGUUUGGAUUGUCAAGCUGCUGUAAAGACUGACAUUGAGCACACAGCAUGUUGCCAGAAAUAAAUAACAAGACGUCACGACCGGAAGCCUUCCCUCUCCCUCACAGACUCCCAGCAGAAGGCAACCGCCUUGGAACAAACCGACCCUGCUCACAGAAGUUCGGCCCUGGUGUAGGGACAUUGCCUCAGCUUGAGCCACCGGUGGUCCAGGUGGUGGUCAGCAAUGCCAAAAACCAACACCAGCAGUCGGACAACAUCCUGCCCCAAAUUGCCAACAAAGGGGGCCAAAACAACUAUCAGGCACACCCGGAUGAGAGGCCAAAGCCCACCCAGCAGUUUGCCAUGCGCUUUGGUACAGCAAUGGAUAAAGUGUCAGUCUCCCGCAACAGCAAGAUUUUCAGCAACAAGCUGGAGAAAGAGAAGUCAUAUGAAGGACAAAGGUUACCCAUGUCCCCAAUAGAGGCACUGAAGAACUUCCAGGACCGGCUGACGGAGUUUGAGCAGGAGGAAAUCAUGGACUACUCAGAGAUCUGGUUCAUGGGUCUGGGCUCUCAGAAGAUCGAGGGUUCCCAGGGCACACCGCAGAACUCGGGAUACGAUGACGAGCAUGGAAGCUACAUCAGGGUGCUGCAUGACCACAUUGCCUACAGGUUUGAAGUUCUUGAAGUGAUUGGGAAAGGCUCCUUUGGGCAGGUCCUGAAAUGUCUGGACCACAAGAACAAUGAACUCGUAGCCAUUAAGAUGAUACGCAAUAAGAAAAGGUUUCAUCACCAAGCUCUGGUUGAGCUGAAGAUCCUGGAUGUAAUAAAGAGGAAAGACAAAGACAACCUCCACAACGUCAUCCACAUGAAGGAGUACUUCUACUUCCGCAAUCAUCUUUGCAUCUCCUUUGAGCUUCUCGGGGUGAACUUGUACGAGCUCAUCAAAAAAAACAACUUCCAAGGCUUCAGUCUCGCUCUCAUCCGUCGCUUCACCCAUGCUCUUCUCAGGUGCCUGCAGAUGCUGCAUAGGGAGAAGAUUAUCCACUGUGACCUCAAACCGGAGAACAUCCUUCUGUCUCAGAGAGGGCCGGGGAACAUCAAGGUGGUUGACUUUGGAUCAAGCUGUUAUGAACAACAAAGGGUGUACACCUACAUCCAGAGUCGCUUCUACCGCUCUCCAGAGGUCAUCCUGGGCCACCCCUACAGCAUGGCCAUUGACAUGUGGAGUCUGGGUUGCAUCCUCGGUGAACUCUACACAGGCUAUCCUCUUUUCCCAGGAGAGAGUGAAGUGGAGCAAAUAGCUUGCAUAAUGGAGGUUCUUGGAAUGCCUCCGAAUGAUUUUGUUCAGUCUGCAUCGAGGAGGAGGUUGUUCUUUGACUCGAAAGGAAACCCCAGGAACAUCACUAACAGCAAGGGGAAGAAGAGGAGACCCAACUCCAAGGAGCUUUCAGCUGCGUUGAAAACGAACGAUGCUUUGUUCUUAGACUUCAUCAAACGCUGCCUCACUUGGGAUCCAACCAAGCGUAUGACUCCUGAUGAGGGUUUACAGCACGAGUGGAUCCUGGAGGGAAACUUCAACAAAGUCCGCCCAAGAACCAAGCCACCAGUAAAGAAGACCUCCGACAGUUCGACCAGCACGGACAACAGCAGCGAGCCCAGUUUCCGCAAACAAACUAACAGCAAGUCUGCGGAGAGAGUCAGCUCAGAAAGCAGCACAGACAAGCAAAUGAGAGACGGUUCAGUCACAGGAACAAAGAUGGCCCCCGCUGAGCGUCUGCGGCCAAUCGGGGCCUCGGCGGAGAAGGAAGUGUGUGAGAAUGAGGGCAAGCUCUCCACGGAUACCACACAGCAAGAAGGAGGUGGCGAGAGGCCCGUUCACAUCAUCAUCAAGCCUCAAGAGGAAGUGGGCUCAGAGAGAAAAGAUAGCCAGGAAUCGUCUCAGUGUUUGCCCCCCAUCAUGUAACAGUCAAAGGGAAUCGUGUUGUAUUCAUGACAAGUGGUAACUGGGUUCAAACUCUGUGUCUCAACUUCCCACCUGAGACUGACUGACUUCUUGAGGUGAAAAGUUGCUCGGCCCUGCACACACAGUAAAUGAAAAGAUCCUCAAUCCAUGCUCUCAUUACACGCUACAAACACUGCCGUGUUGAGUUUGUGUCUACAUGACGUCACAAAACAACAUGUUAAGAGAAGUCAGAGCCAUAGAAAAGUUUCAAGUUGGAAAGCAGCUCAAGUGGAUGUUUUCCUACUGACAGGUCAGAAACAAACCAGUUCCCACAAGCCGUGAAUGAAAUAUUGAUUUAUGAUUUAUGGACAGGACACACUGAGGGACAUCUUUUAUUUAUUGUUUUAAGUAUACAGUUAUAGUGUAUUCUUUUAUUUUUUGACAGUGUAUGUAUGACAGUGAAGUCAAUCAACCAGUUGUUUUUUUUAUAAAGGAGUUUGGAAGCAGUUGCAGGCAGAGAUUUUGUUUUAACGCAGUAGAGAUCAAAUGGUUAAAAACAUCAUUCAUAGUACAGCAGCAACUUUUUGCUGUCUCUGUCUCCUGUAUUAUUUAUUGAAACCAAUCUUUGCUGUGCAUUGAAAUCUUUGAUAAACAGGUCAGACUUUCUUUUUUUCAGUUUCCAUGUUAAAAAAAAAAACAAGUAGCUUGUUUAAAAUGUGCAUGGGGUAGAAAAUUGAUCGAAUAUUAGUUUUUGCUUUUAUUCUUUUUUUUUCUUUUAGACAUUUUAGCAUUACUUUCAUAAUGGUAAAAAUAUAUGAAGAAUCGUGUGCAAUAAAGGCUGAGCCAAAAAUGUUUUUUAAUUAUGUUGAAUAAAUAAUUGUAAUAAAUGUACUUUUAAUUGUAGAAUUCAGUUGAUGACAUAUUGAUUAUUAAUGAUUUCACUUAUUUAUUAUGGACUAUGUUGGAUCCUAUGUUUCAUAUUUGUUCAACAAUUUAAUUCAACAGUCAUAAAUGUAUUUGUAAUAGAAUGUAUUGUAUAUAUUCCUGCUGUAAUUUCCUAUCUAUGUGUAAUACAGAACAUAUUUUAAGAAAAUAUUUCAGAUAUUUGUUGAGGGUUUAGACAAGGUUUUACUUGUUGUGUUGUUUCUGUAUGAGGAGAUUUUUUAUGUCUGUGUUAUUCAUAAAAUAUUUUUUACAUUAGAAACAAAAAGACAAUCCUAUUAUUGAUAGUUUGUGCCUUGCAGUAUUAGAAAUCUUGCACUUUACUAUUGUGUGUGUACACCUGGAAUAGAAUUGGAUUCUUACCUGUCAAACAGACAAGGGUUCAGAUUACCCUGCCAGGAUUUAUUUGACAAAAUAAUGUCUCACCUAAUGUUACAGAAUAUAAUGAAACUAUUGUUUCAUUAAUAAUCUUUUUUUUUUUUUACAAUUGAUUCAUGUCUUUAGUCGCCAACAGAGAUCCAAUUUAAUAUAAAUUGAAGAUAGACUUAUGCCCUUACUCUCUAUUAGCUAAUCAACCAGAGAUCCAGAGAAGAUGGAUUGUAGCUUAAAUAUAAAAAAUAAAAAAAACAUUUUUAUGUCUUUUAUGAUGAAAUAAAAAGUUGUUUCAAAGAGAA